AUGGUACAUUUUAAUUUUAACUAUAAUGAUAAUAGUAGAAACACAAUAACAGAUACACUUUCUAAGUCAAAAGAAAAAUUAGAAACUCUUAAAGAAAAAGUCAUUCAACUUAGCGAAGAAGAGAGGUUAAACGAUGCUAUCAAAUUGGUAAAAAGUGAAGAAAAUCUAGAAUUCAAAACUGGGGAAGCUUGGGAUCAAUUGAUAAUGGAAUGUGUUGAUAAAGGAAGAGCUAAAAUGGCCGCGUUACCAAAAGAUACGUUACAUAUUGUAUCACUAGAGCAUGAUGGUGUUGGUUUAUUAAAAAUGCCUAAUGAUGGUGGUUCUUUUUUUGAAAGUUUUCUAAAUAUGGCAAACAGUAUUAUAGGAGCUGUGCUUACAAUUGUAGUUGACUGGACGAUAAGACUAUUAGUUUAUAAUUCUAAAUUAUCAGGAAGAAAUUCAUAUCAAGAUGUAGUGUAUUUUUGUUUUGGAAAAGGUGGCCAUAUUUCAAUAUCUUUAUUCCAAUUAGCAUUUGCAUUUGGUGGAAUGUGUGCAUUCUGUGUUAUUAUUGGCGACACAAUUCCUCACGUCAUCGCAUCAAUAUUUCCACAAAUUAUCGAUAUACCAAUAUUACGUUUGUUUACAGAUAGAUAUUUCAUAAUAAUUUUUUGUACCGCAUUUAUAUCAUAUCCAUUAUCAUUAUAUCGUGACAUAUCAAAAUUAGCCAAAGCAAGCGGAUUAGCUUUGAUCUCAAUGGUUAUUAUUGUAGCAAGUGUAGUGAUAGAAGGGCCUCAGGUUGAUGAUAGUUUGAAAGGUAAUCCAGACACAAGAUGGAAGUUUAUUCAACCAGAAGUAUUUCAGCCAACAUUAAAACGAUUUGAAGCAGUGACGCAUUUAUCAACUGGAAUAUCCAUGCUUGCAUGUAUGCUAAUGGCAUUAUUUGGAUAUCUUGUAUUUACUGAUAAAACUCAAGACGUUGACACAGCUUUCUAUGUAUGCCAAGCAGUAUUGUACGAGUAUGGAACUGAUAAAGAGGCAACAUUGGUUGUGCAUCCAGCCUCUCAAGCCAGUUUACCUUCACUAGUUAGCGCUACAGCCAACUUGGUUGGCACUCCUAUAGCGCAAGCAAGAGUCUUGCGUGAUGUAGAUAAUAAACCAGGAAUUUGGUUUAUUUAUCGAGAUUUAAGUGUUCGGACAGAUGGAAUUCGAGGCAAAAUUAACACAACAGAUAAUCAAUCCAGAAUACUUGCCACUGCAAAUUCAAAACCUUUUACUGUGUAUACUGCUAAAAAAUUCCCAGGGAUGGUUGAAAUAACACCGUUAACAAAAGCUUUCAUCGAACAAGGUUCAAAAAUUCCUUCACGAAGGGAUUUAAAGAGAACAAGGAAUUCAUAA